AUGGCGGCCAUCAUGGCCGAUCGCGCAUCACUCGAGCAUCAUCCAAGCCCCAGGUGCCAGGCGCCAGGCGCCAGAUGCCAGAUGCCAGAUGCUGGGAAAGGAGUCGACAAGCCCACAGCUUUGCAUGGAUGGACGCACACUGCAUCAUAUCCACUGGCCUCGGAUUCCCGCUUUGCCGAGCCCGGCUCCCCGAGUCUUCACGGUUAA